UUUACUUCUGUGAAUCGUGAGACGCAUCGUAGUAGAGUUGAUAGGGAACCGAACUCGAUAUUAGAUUAGAUUAGAUAUUAGAAGGUUCCAAUGUCCUCUGUGGACCGUGGGAGGCAUGCUUGUAGUUGGGGAACCGAAUGCAUAUUAGAACGUUCCGGGUUCCAAUGCAUUCGGAACGCUUCAAAUUUGGUGCCUAAUAAUUGUCCACAGUGGAGUCUGAGGUGAUGUGAAUGAAAGUUCGUGUAGUCAGUGGGAUAGGUGAAAAACAACCCAGUUUUAUAUCUGUGUAUACACUAGGUCGCUAGUAAAGGAAACUUUUCCAUCACGGUACAACGCACAUAGCGAAUAGAAAUGUACUAGUGGGUCUUCAGACUUCCGAAAAAAUGAUAAUACAACAAGCUGCUCGAGUUCCACCCAUAGUGCCUCUCAUUACGUCACUUCCUGAUGGACGGGAAGUAGUUGUUGACUUCAUGACGGAAAGUCAGCUAUCAGCAACAUACGCGAUGAUCCAGGAAGCUGCUAAGAACAGCAAUGGCUUCGGAAUUACUGAAUUUUCUAGCGAGAAGGUAUUUAGGCGGGAAAUAGAAGGGGGGUACUCGUUCGCUAUCACGACAAAAGAUUCGGGGGAGCUGAUCGCAGGAUUUAUAAUUGCCAUUAGCAAAUUUUAUCGUGGAACAAAAGUAGCCGACCCGUUCAUCAUCGUGAAGAAAUCGGAACGGAGAAAAGGGGUCGGAGAUUUCUGUUUGCGCACUGCAGUGACCUUUGCUGCCGACCUGGAAUUCAUUGCAAUGUACGUGGACUGUUUUAGCAAUAACAAAGGAAUGACCCGGAUAAUAGAAAAACAUGGUGGAUUUGCCAGAUGCGGUUUUCUGCCCAUGGGAGGCCAAAUGAGUGACGGGACCUACGUAGGCUCAAUUAUAUUCUAUAAAGAUUUACGUCGAGAAGAGUGAUGUGAUCAACCCAUACAAAGAUCAGUACGUGCCUGAACCAUGUGUAAAUGGAUUUGUGAAGAUUUACAUGUUUAGAAAAUCAUCGUGCGUUCGUACUUCUAUCCGUGUGUGACUGGAAAUGCAUUUACAUUACCGAGUGAUCAUUAUUGAUAUUAGAUUCUUGAUCAUGAACUUUUCUGAUAUAUCAUGUUUGUGUUUAGACUCUUGAUCAUGGACUUUGCCAAUAGAUCAUGCUUUUGUUAAGACUCUUGAUCAUGAGCUACGAUCGUAUAUUCCGACUUUAUGUUAGAAGAGAAUGGAAUCGUUUGAACUCUUGAUCACGGGCACCUGAACAGUUUGUUUUGACUCUUGAUCAUACGCGAUUUGUUAUCUUGAUCAUGCGAGAUUUGUCAUCUUGAUCAUUGGAGAUGAAAUAUUGUUUUUUGGCGAUCAAUAAUUUUGUUUUUAGACUCUUUACAAUGAGUGGUUUUGUUUCCUGAUCAUGAUUUUAAAUUGAUAAUGUUAUGCCCAUAAAACAGCAGACCACCUGAUGGGCUGUUUACAAUCUGGGUCACAUGCUCAUUAUAUACUAACAGUUUAAUGCUGCCAUGGAAAUGGUGUCAUUUUAGUCUGUGAUUGAAGCACAAAAAUAUAAAUCAUUCAUGGUUGUUAAUGUAUAGGUUGGAUGAAAGUGGUCAGAACACCGUUUGUUCGAAAGACCUCUUGUAAGUUGAAGGUUUUAUUAUUCAAUUGUGAAAAGGGCGUCAAAUAUGAAAAAAAAGUUUGAAGAAUAAAUAAAUGUAACUAUUAUGUAUAAAAUGAAUAUAUAUUUUACUUCACAUUUUUAUGUAUCAUAAGAACUAUUGACCUCCUGUGUUUUUGUCAUUCCAAAAAAUUAAAAUGAAAGAAAGUUUUAAUUCGUGACAAUCGUAUUGUCUCAUACGAGUGAAUGUUUUAUACUAUAUCGAGUUUAAUUUAGAAAAUAUCUUGUAGUCAUUAAACACCCUGGUGGUGAUUCAUAAUUAAAAGUAGAAAAGGCCGGACCUUAAUAAAUAUCUGUAUUUAAUUGUUAACACCUGUUAUCCGUUAAAGGAAUCGGUUAUCCGUUUCAGAAACCCGUUACUGUUUAGAUGAUGUGUGAUUUUAAUUAGUGAGAAGACUAGCUUUAAGAUUAAAUUUUUAUUUUGGAAAAGAUUACCAAAGACGGACAGUUUACAAAAUUUAUUUUCAUUUUUGGCGUAAAUUGAUGAAACAAAAUCGAUAAUAUCUCAAUAGUGCCUCUCUCUCCUUCUCUCUCUGGGCCUAGCAACACACCAUAAUUUAAUGAACGUAUGUAUUUUCACUCAAAAGGAAUUGGUCUUUUUUUACAGUGAGAUAUUUUUAGUGUCUAAUUACCACUGUUGUCAAAGACAUAAUGAAAUAACUUACUUUUAAUCUCAUGUUAAAAAUUACAAUGUUAAUGAUUGGUUUUAGAUGUAGUAAAAUUUAGAUAUAUCAAAAUAUUUCUUUCUAUAAUUAAAAUUAUUUAGUAGAUUUCGAUUUUGUGAAAAUAUGACUUAUUAGUAUCAAUUUUACGACUUGAAUGAUGAUUUGUCCAAUAUGUUUGUUCAUUAUCUUCAUUUGUGAUUCGAAUGGUAUCUGACAUAUUUGUAAUCUGGAAAAUCGGGGUUGAUUAUUAUUAAAUAUAUAGUUUGUUACAGUCUAAUUAAAAUUAUGCCAACUUUUCAUUCUGCUUCAUUAAUAGUUUGUUUAAUCUUAAAAGAAUGCAUCUUUCUUUUAAUGUUAAUGAACUGAUAUGUUUAUGUUUGAUUAAUAUUUAAAAAAUGCGUGUUUCUUUUGAUGUUAAUGAAGUGAGCAACUGUUUUUUUUUCAGUUGUUUAAACUUAAAAGAAUGCGUCUGACUGUUAAUAUUAAUGGAGUGGGGACCCUAAUAAACAGGACGGAAAUAACCACUGGUUUUAAUUAGAUUGACUUUGUUAUUAUCAUUCCAGUUGUUGGUGUUUUCCUUUAAAGGGACAACAAGUUAGACUAAAAGUCCAUUAUACGGUUAAAAAUAAUCGAUAUUUAUUUUUACAUAAAAACCCACACUGGUCCAACUAUUACGUCUAUUUGAAGUAUAAAUUAGUUUCUGUAGAUUUACAGUCGCCAUCUUAAUAAUUCUGUUAUUUUUUCGUACAGGCAGUACGUUCUUUAUUAAUGUUUUGGAACGCGGUUGGACAUAAUUUUAACUAUACACAUACUUUAGAGAUAUUUCUGAACUACCUGACUUGGUUUUCCUUGUAUAAUUAUUAGUUAGUGAUAUUAUUAUUAUAUGUAUGUAAAUGUAUAGGUAUUUUAAAGGUAUACAUAUUUUUUUUUAAAUAACAGCAUAUAUCUAUAAAUAUAAUUCAAUAAAUCUGUAUUUCU